AUGGGUGCGUCGUACCGCCUGCUCGGCUUGCUCGUCUACCUUCUCGCCCUUGUUGCCUGGUGGAACCUAUGCGGCUCGCUCUUCGGCGUUGAGCAGCGAGCGUCGCCUGGCGACACCUCGCUUGCAGCACCCCGAGUCGCGAGGGCAGACACGGCAGCCGUGCCGGCCGCCGCCGCGCCUGCGGCUACCGAGGCGGCGACCGCACAGCCCGCUUCCUCCGGCGCGGCAUCGACCGCAGCCGCGUCCGGCGGCGGCGGCAGCGGCGGCAGCAGCAGCGGCGGCGGUGGCGGCGGCGGUGGCGGCGGCGGUGGCGGCGGCGGUGGCGGUGGCGGUGGCAGCAGCGGUGGCGGAAGCGGCGGCGGCGGCGGUGCGGGCGGCAGGCUGCACCGCGAGAUCUCGCUCGACAACCCCGCGUGCCCCAAGACCCGCCGACCCUUCCACACGCUACUGACCGGCCAGGGGACCACCUACAACGGCUGGCAGAGCCGGAUCAUGUACUAUCACUGGCGGAAGCAGCGGGCGGCGGACGGAGAGUGCACCGAGAUGACCGGCUUCACGCGCGUCUGCGCGUCCGAGGGAGGGCUGCCCGAUGCGGCGGCGCCGUAUAUCCCUUCCGUGUUCGUGCCAUCGCUCACGCCCGAGGCGCGCCCCGCUGAUACAGUGACAGUGCUGGCCAAGUACGGCCACUUUGGGGUCCUGAAUCGGCCCCACUCGGUGGUCGAGUUCUUCCGGCGCGGCCUCGCAGACCGCGUCAAGGAGAAGUACGUCCUCGUGGCCGAGACGGACCACGUCCUCACAAAGCCGAUGCCCAACCUCGCGACUGACGCCACCGCCGACUCGCCGCCUCUGGCGGCGGCGCACGGAUUCGGGUACAUGCAUGCAUCGUCGGGGCACAAUUCGGUGAUCCAGUACUGCUGGCCGCAGGGCGACUUUAAGAGCUUGCAGGCCGUCGGGCCGUCGCCGCUCAUCAUCGAGAAGGAGCUGCUUCGCAAGGUGGCCCCUCUGUGGCUCAACUGCUCGUACAUUCUGCGAGGGCGCCCCGAGCCGGCGCACCGGAUCCAAGAUUGGGUGCUCGAGAUGUGGGGCUACUCGAUCGCCGCCGCCAGCUUGGGGAUCCGACACUCUGUCAAGGGCAUGCAGAUCGAGCCGAAUGCGUAUGCGGGGACAAAGGACGGGUUCGAGAAGGGCUACCAAAUCUUCCACUACACGUACGGCAUCGAGUACCGGCUCAACGGCUCUCCCCAGGGCUUCAACACCAUCGGCGAGUGGUCGCUGGACAAGAGGCACUACGGAGGCGCCUACCCGCCGCCGAAUCUCGACCCGCCGCCCAAGCAGGCCAACCCGUCCACAAAGUGGCUGCAUGCGGCGUGGAAUGAGGCCAUCACCGAGGCGGGCGACACGUGGCCCGCCACCAACGCGAUGGGCACCAUUGGCUGGAGGCGCGAGGGCGCGACGGCCGACGAGAUCCAAAAGUCGGCGCUCGCCUCGGCGGUGGUUGGCUCGCACUGGACGUGGGCCGGCAUCAAGACGCUCUCUUUCCUGCCCGCGGGCGCGCCCACGGCGCCGCGGCGCGCUCAAGACGCCGUGGGGUGUCGGCAAACACCAUCUGCUCGGCGCGGCACCACAGCCAUGCCUCGCAUCCAGCUGUGA